GCCCCGCCGCUCAUUGGCCUGGGCGGCGCAGCCAAGCUGUCAGCCCAUGUGGCGUGUCCGCGCGGGGCGGCCGCGGUUAAAUAGAGCCGGCGCCGGCCUAGAGGGAGCCAGAGAGACGCCGCGGCCGCACUCGCCGCUGCCCGCCGCCGCCCAGAGAGCAGCCAUGGAGGAGGUGGUCAUCGCCGGCCUGUCCGGGAAGCUUCCCGAGUCGGACAACAUCCAGGAGUUCUGGGACAACCUGGUGGGCGGCGUGGACAUGGUGACGGAGGAUGACCGGCGCUGGAAGGCGGGUCUCUACGGCCUGCCCCGGCGCUCUGGCAAGCUGAAGGACCUGUCCAGGUUCGACGCGUCCUUCUUCGGGGUCCACGCCAAGCAAGCCCAUACUAUGGACCCACAGCUGCGCCUACUUCUGGAGGUCACCUAUGAGGCCAUCGUGGAUGCGGGCAUCAACCCGGCCUCACUGCGAGGGACGCACACGGGCGUAUGGGUGGGCGUAAGUGGCUCCGAGGCCUCGGAGGCACUGAGCCGGGACCCCGAGACGCUGCUGGGCUACAGCAUGGUGGGCUGCCAGCGGGCUAUGAUGGCCAACCGCCUGUCCUUCUUCUUCGACUUCAAAGGGCCCAGCGUCGCCCUGGACACAGCCUGCUCCUCCAGCCUCCUGGCCCUGCAGAACGCCUUCCAUGCCAUCCGCACGGGCGAGUGCCCUGCGGCCAUCGUGGGGGGCAUCAACCUCCUGCUGAAGCCCAACACGUCGGUGCAGUUCAUGAAGCUGGGCAUGCUCAGCCCCGAGGGCGCCUGCAGGGCCUUCGACGCGAGUGGGAACGGGUACUGCCGCUCUGAGGCCGUGGUGGCCGUGCUGCUGACCAAGAAGUCCCUGGCCCGGAGGGUGUAUGCUACCAUCCUCAACGCUGGCACCAAUACGGACGGCAACAAGGAGCAAGGUGUGACCUUCCCCUCCGGAGAGGUACAAGAGCAGCUCAUCAGCUCCCUGUAUGCGCCCGCCGGGGUGUCCCCCGAGUCCCUGGAGUACGUCGAAGCCCAUGGCACAGGCACUAAGGUGGGCGACCCUCAGGAGCUGAACAGCAUCGUCCGGGCACUGUGUGCCACCCGCCAGGAGCCCCUGCUCAUUGGCUCCACCAAGUCCAACAUGGGCCACCCCGAACCUGCCUCUGGCCUCGCGGCACUGGCCAAGGUGCUGCUCUCCUUGGAGCACGGUGUCUGGGCCCCCAACCUGCAUUAUCACACCCCCAACCCCGAGAUCCCAGCCCUGCAGGAUGGGCGGCUGCUGGUGGUGGACCAGCCCCGGCCCGUCCGAGGGGGCAACGUGGGCAUCAACUCCUUCGGCUUUGGGGGCUCCAAUGUCCACGUCAUUCUCCGACCCAACCUGCAGCCCCGCCCGGCCCCCGCCCCUCACGCCUCCCUGCCCCGGCUGCUGCUGGCCAGCGGGCGCACCGCCGAGGCCGUGCAGAGCCUGCUUGCCCAGGGCCAGCAGCACUCACAGGACCUGGCCUUUGUGAGCAUGCUCAAUUCCAUCGCCGCCGCCCCCGUCGCCGCCAUGCCCUUCCGGGGCUGGACCGUGCUGGGUGGCCAGGCAGGCAGCGGUGAGGUGCAGCAGGUGGCCGCCAGCGACCGCCCGCUCUGGUUCAUCUGCUCAGGUAUGGGAGCCCAGUGGUGUGGGAUGGGCAGGAGCCUCAUGCGCCUGGACCUCUUCCGGGCAUCUGUCCUGCGCUCGGAUGAGGCGGUGAAGCCCUUUGGACUGAAGGUGUCAGAGCUCUUGCUGCACGCGGACGAGAGCACCUUCGAGGACAUUGUCCACGCCUUCGUGUGCCUCACAGCCAUCCAGAUUGCCCUCAUCGACCUGCUCACCGCCCUGGGCCUGACCCCCAAUGGCAUUGUGGGCCACUCGCUGGGGGAAGUGGCCUGCGGCUAUGCUGACGGCUGCCUGUCUCAAGAGGAGGCCGUCCUGGCUGCCUACUGGAGGGGCCAGUGCAUCAAGGAGGCACACAUCCCGCCGGGCGCCAUGGCCGCCGUGGGCUUGUCCUGGGCCGAGUGCAAGCAGCGCUGUCCCCCCGGCGUGGUACCUGCCUGCCACAAUUCGGAGGACACCGUGACCAUCUCAGGGCCUCAGGAGGCCGUAUCCAGCUUUGUGGAGCAGCUGAAGCAGGAGGGCGUGUUCGCCAAGGAGGUGCGGACGGGUGGCAUGGCCUUCCACUCCUACUUCAUGGACGCCAUCGCCCCUGCGCUGCUGCAGGCGCUCAAGAAGGUGAUCCGGAAUCCCCGGCCCCGCUCCGCGCGCUGGCUCAGCACAUCCAUCCCCGAGUCGCAGUGGCAGGGCAGCCUGGCCCGCAUGUCCUCGGCCGAGUACAACGUCAACAACCUGGUGAGCCCCGUGCUGUUCCAGGAGGCACUGCGGCACGUGCCCGCCAACGCCGUGGUAGUGGAGAUUGCCCCGCACGCUCUGCUACAGGCCGUGCUGAAGCGGGGCCUGAAGUCGGGCUGCACCGUCGUCCCUCUGAUGAAGAAGGACCACAGAGACAACCUCGAGUUCUUCCUCAGCAACGUGGCCAAGCUGCACCUGGCAGGCAUCAACAUCGACCCCAACGGGCUGCUCCCGCCCGUGGAGUUCCCAGCACCGCGGGGAACCCCCCUCAUCUCGCCACAUAUCCUGUGGGACCACAGCCAGGCCUGGGAUGUGCCGGCCGCUGAGCACUUCCCCAGUGGCUCCGGCUCCUCCUCAGCUACCGUCUACAGCAUUGACACCAGCCCCGAGUCCCCUGACCACUACCUGGUUGACCACUGCAUCGAUGGCCGUGUCCUCUUCCCGGCCACCGGUUACCUGUGCCUGGCGUGGCGGACACUGGCCCGCCAACUGGGCCAGGACAUGGAGCAGACGCCCGUGCUCUUCGAGGAUGUGACAUUGCACCAGGCCACCAUCCUGCCCAAGACUGGGACGGUGGCCUUGGAGGUGCGGCUGCUGGAGGCAUCUCACACCUUUGAGGUGUCUGACAACGGGACCCUCAUAGUUAGCGGAAAAGUGUCCCAGUGGGAGGACCCGGACCCCAAGCUCUUCGACAGCCCAGGCAGCCCGGACCCCACAGAACCCACGGCCACGUCCCGCCUGGCCCAGGGUGACGUGUACAAGGAACUGCGUCUGCGAGGCUAUGACUACGGGCCGCACUUCCAGGGCAUCCUGGAGGCCAGCCUGGAAGGCACGGCCGGCCAGCUGCUGUGGAAGGACAACUGGGUGACCUUCCUGGACACCAUGCUGCAGGUGUCCAUCCUAGGCAGUGCCCAGCGCAGCCUGCGUCUGCCCACCCGCAUCAGCGCCAUCCACAUCGACCCUGGCACCCACCACCAGAAGUUGCGCACCCUGAAGGAAGCCACCCAAGUGGCUGACGUGCUAGUGGACAACUGCUUGGGCACCACCGUGGCGGGCGGCGUCCUCAUCUCGCGGCUGCACGCGUCGCCGGCCCCGCGCAGGCAGCAGGAGCAGCUGGCACCCAUCCUGGAGAAGUUCCUGUUCACGCCCUACAUGGAGGACAGCUGCCUGGCGGGGAGCACAGCCUUGCAGGAGGAGCUGCAGCAGUGUCAGGGGCUGGCGCGACUGCUGCAGACAAAGGUGGCGCAGCAGGGGCUGAAGAUGGCGGUGCCCGGGCUGGAAGGCUCCCAGACCCCGCAGGAGCCCCCUCAGGAGGGCCUGCCCCGGCUGCUGGCCGCAGCCGCCCAGCUGCAGCUCAAUGGGAAUCUGCAGCUGGAGCUGGGCCAGCUGCUGGCACAGGAAGGGGCCCUGCUGGCCACUGACCCCCUGCUGGGUGGCCUGCUUGACUCGCCGGCGCUCAAGGCCUGUGUGGACACUGCCCUGGAGAACUUGAAUGGGCUGAAGAUGAAGGUGGUGGAGGUGCUGGCCAGCGAGGGCCGCCUGUACUCCCGCAUCCCGCAGCUGCUGGGCAUGCAGCCUCUGCUGCAGUUGGACUACGUGGCAACUGACCAGCUGGCCCCAGGCUUCCUGCCACAGUCAAGCCUGGCCCAGGCCCAGUGGGACCCCAUGGGCCCUGCCCCCAGCGGCCUGGGUCCCGCCGACCUCGUGGCCUGUAACUGUGCUGGGGCCACCCUGGCGAACCCAGCCACAGCGCUGGGCCACAUGGCAGCCACCCUCAAGGACGGCGGCUUCCUGCUGCUGCACACCCUGCUCCGUGGACACCCCCUUGGGGACACCGUGGCCUUCCUCACCUGCCCCGAGCCACAGCCCGGAAGCCAGCGCCUCCUGAGCCAGGACCAGUGGGAGAAGCUGUUCGCAGGGGCGAACCUGCACCUGGUAGCCCGGAAGACGUCCUUCUACGGCUCUGCCCUCUUCCUGUGCCGCCGCCUGGCAUCCCAGGACAGCCCCAUCCUGUUGCCCGUGGACGACAGCAGCUUCCGCUGGGUGGACUCACUCAAGAGCAUGCUGGCCGACGCCUCACCCCGGCCCUUGUGGCUCACGGCCGUGGGCUGCAACACCUCGGGCGUUGUGGGCAUGGUGAACUGUCUCCGCAAAGAGCCUGGUGGACAGCGAGUCCGGUGUGUCUUGGUGUCCAACCUCAAUGACAAGAGCCCCGUGCCUGCGAUGGAGCCGGGUUCCGAGGGGCUGCGGCACGUGCUUAAGGGGGACCUGGUGAUGAACGUCUUCCGAGACGGGGCGUGGGGCGCCUUCCGCCAUUACCCGCUGGAGCAGGAGCGGCCCGAGCAGCCGACGGAACACGCCUUUGUGAACGUGCUCACGCGGGGCGAUCUGUCCUCCAUCCGCUGGGUCUGCUCUCCACUGCACCAUGCGCCACGCGCCACGCCCGGCACACAGCUCUGCACCGUCCACUACGCCUCCCUCAACUUCCGGGACAUCAUGCUGGCCACGGGCAAGCUGUCCCCCGAUGCCAUCCCAGGGAAAUGGGCCUCUCGGGACUGCAUGCUGGGCAUGGAGUUCUCUGGCCUCGACGCCAGUGGCAAGCGUGUGAUGGGGCUGGUGCCUGCCGAGGGCCUGGCCACCUCUGUCCAGCUGUCCCAGGACUUCCUGUGGGACGUGCCCUCCGGCUGGACCCUGGAGGAGGCCGCCUCCGUACCCGUAGUCUACACCACCGCUUACUACUCCCUGGUGGUCCGCGGGCGCAUGCGGCCCGGGGAGUCGGUGCUCAUCCACUCAGGCUCCGGCGGGGUGGGCCAGGCCGCCAUCGCUAUUGCCCUUAGCCAGGGCUGCCGCGUCUUCACCACUGUGGGCUCGGCCGAGAAGCGGGCCUACCUGCAGGCGCGCUUUCCCCAGCUGGAUGCCACCUGCUUCGCCAACUCACGGGACACGUCCUUCGAGCAGCACGUGUUGCGGCACACAGCCGGCAAGGGUGUCGACUUGGUCUUGAACUCGCUGGCCGAAGAGAAGCUCCAGGCCAGUGUGCGGUGUCUGGCCCAGCACGGCCGCUUCCUGGAGAUCGGCAAAUUUGACCUGUCCAACAACAGCCCGCUGGGCAUGGCUGUCUUCCUCAAGAACGUGACCUUCCACGGGAUCCUGCUGGAUGCGCUCUUCGACGAGGCGAGCGACACCUGGCGGGAGGUGGCGGGGCUGCUGCAGGCCGGCAUCCAGGACGGCGUGGUCCAGCCCCUCCGCUGCACCGUAUUCCCCAAGGCCCGCGUGGAGGACGCCUUCCGCUACAUGGCACAGGGGAAGCAUAUCGGCAAAGUUGUGGUGCAGGUGCGCGAGGAUGCUGAGGCCCAGAAGGGGACCAGGUCUGCCCUGAUGACCGCCAUGUCCAAGACCUUCUGUCCCACGCACAAGAGCUACGUGGUGGCUGGGGGUCUGGGCGGCUUCGGCCUGGAGCUGGCCCAGUGGCUGGUGUUGCGAGGGGCCCAGAAGCUGGUGCUGACCUCCCGCUCCGGGAUCCGCACAGGCUACCAGGCCAAGCAGGUGCGCGAGUGGCAGCGUCAGGGCGUGCAGGUGCUUGUGUCCACCCGUGACGCUAGCUCCCUGGACGGGGCCCGAGGCCUCAUCAAGGAGGCGGCAGCGCUGGGGCCUGUGGGCGGAGUCUUCAACCUAGCCAUGGUGCUGCGGGACGCCAUGCUGGAGAACCAGAGCCCUGAGUCCUUCCGCGACGUGAACCAGCCCAAGUACAGUGGCACCCUCCACCUGGACAGGGUCACCCGGGAGGCUUGCCCUGAGCUGGACUAUUUCGUGGCCUUCUCCUCCGUGAGCUGCGGGCGCGGUAAUGCCGGCCAGACCAACUACGGUUUUGCCAACUCUACCAUGGAGCGCAUCUGCGAGAAGCGUCGUCAUGAUGGCCUCCCAGGCCUGGCCGUGCAGUGGGGCGCCAUCGGUGAUGUGGGCAUCGUGCUAGAGGCCAUGGGUACCAACGACACGGUCAUCGGUGGCACACUGCCCCAGCGCAUCGCCUCUUGCCUGGAGGUGCUGGACGUCUUCCUGCACCAGCCGUACCCCGUCUUGAGCAGCUUCGUGCUGGCUGAGAAGACCACCGUCCACGGAGACAGCGAGGGCAAGCGGGACCUGGUGAAGGCUGUGGCGCACAUCCUGGGCAUCCGCGACCUGGCCGCCGUGAACCUGGACAGCUCCCUGGCCGACCUGGGCCUGGACUCGCUCAUGGGCGUGGAGGUGCGGCAGACACUGGAGCGCGAGCACGACCUGCUGCUGUCAAUGCGGGAGGUGCGGCAGCUCACGCUCCGCAAGCUGCAGGAGCUGACGCAGGCUGGCGGUCAAGAACUGGCGGCGCCCGCUACCAAGGACAACAGUCCCACGCGGCUGCAGGCCCAGCUGAACCUCAGCACGCUGCUGGUGAACCCCGAGGGCCCCACCCUGACACGCCUCAACUCGGUGCAGAGCUCCGAGCGGCCCCUGUUCCUGGUGCACCCCAUCGAAGGCUCCAUUACCGUCUUCCACAACCUGGCCUCCCGGCUCAGCAUCCCCACCUACGGCCUGCAGUGCACCCGGGCUGCGCCCCUGGACAGCAUCCACAGCCUGGCCGCCUACUACAUCGACUGCAUCCGGAAGGUCCAGCCCGAGGGGCCAUACCGCAUUGCUGGCUACUCAUACGGGGCCUGCGUGGCCUUCGAGAUGUGCUCGCAGCUGCAGGCCCAGCAGGGCCCGUCGCCCGCACACAACAGCCUCUUUCUGUUUGAUGGCUCACACACCUACGUGCUGGCCUACACACAGAGCUACCGCGCCAGGAUGACCUCCGGCUCCGAGGCCGAGGCCGAGGCUGAGGCCCUGUGCUUCUUUGUCCAGCAGUUCACAGACGCGGAGCACAGCAGGGUGAUGGAGGCGCUGCUCCCGCUCGCCAACCUGGAGGCGCGUGUGGCCGCCGCCGUGGACAUGAUCACUCAGAGCCACCAGGGCCUGGACCACCGGGAGCUGAGCUUCGCCGCUGUCUCCUUCUACCACAAGCUGCGGGCGGCCGAGCAGUACUCGCCCCGCUCCACCUACCACGGCAACGUGACGCUGCUGCGCGCCAAGAUGGGCGGCGCCUACGGGGACAACCUGGGCGCCGACUACAACCUGUCACAGGUGUGUGAUGGCAAGGUGUCAGUGCACAUCAUCGAGGGCGACCACCGCACGCUGCUGGAGGGCACCGGCCUCGAGUCCAUCCUCAGCAUCAUCCACAGCUCCCUGGCCGAGCCACGCGUCAGUGUCCGUGAGGGCUAGCAGCCCCCCGCGCCGGCCGGAGACCCCCUGGUCUGUGAAGCGUCGGCUGCCGCGGCCUGGGCGCCGCAUGUGUGGGGCCCACCCGGCCCGGCCGGGUGUCCCCUUGUGAACCCUAUUUAUUGCGUCGCUGGGGAGACGCCGGGUCCUCGGUGCCCUGUGACGGCCGGAGCCCUUCCCGGCCAGGCCGGCUGGCCCACCGCGGGGAGGGCAGGCAGAGGGAAGAGGACCAGAGUCCGCCCCAUGGUGGGUGCGGCUCCCACUCUGUUUGUCUGUAUCAUUUUUCACAAAACAUGACUCCAAUUGCUGCUCA